UUAGACCUUUUUGUCUGCAAAACAUGGUUGCAUGUAUCCUUUCCAGACUCCAUUAUUACACUUCACAUCUUUAGGGGUCACCAAGCAAUGGAACUUGAUUUUGGACACUUUGACGAAAGAGAUAAGGCGUCCAGAAACAUGCGUGGCUCCCGAAUGAAUGGCCUGCCAAGUCCCACUCACAGUGCCCACUGUAGUUUCUACCGCACGAGGACCUUACAAGCGCUGAGCAAUGAGAAGAAGGCGAAGAAAGUGCGUUUCUACCGCAAUGGGGACCGUUAUUUCAAGGGGAUUGUUUAUGCUGUCUCCAGUGACCGCUUCCGAAGCUUUGAUGCCUUGCUUGCUGACCUGACCCGUUCUCUGUCUGAUAACAUUAACCUGCCUCAGGGAGUUCGCUAUAUUUACACCAUUGAUGGCAGCAGAAAGAUUGGCAGCAUGGAUGAACUGGAAGAAGGAGAAAGCUAUGUGUGUUCAUCAGACAACUUCUUUAAGAAAGUGGAGUAUACCAAGAAUGUCAAUCCAAACUGGUCAGUUAAUGUGAAAACCUCUGCCAAUAUGAAAGCUCCUCAGUCCCUGGCCAGUAGCAACAGUGCCCAAGCGAAGGAGAACAAGGAUUUUGUGCGUCCCAAAUUGGUGACCAUUAUCCGGAGUGGAGUGAAGCCAAGGAAGGCGGUGCGUGUGCUCCUGAAUAAGAAAACAGCCCAUUCUUUUGAGCAAGUGCUUACUGACAUUACCGAAGCCAUAAAGCUGGAGACAGGUGUCGUAAAAAAGCUGUAUACCCUGGAUGGGAAGCAGGUAACUUGCCUUCAUGAUUUCUUUGGUGAUGAUGAUGUAUUUAUCGCUUGUGGCCCGGAAAAAUUCCGCUAUGCCCAAGAUGACUUUUCUCUGGAUGAAAAUGAGUGUCGAGUAAUGAAAGGAAACCCACCUCCCACCCCAGGCAGCAAGUCAUCUCCAACCCCACAGAAGAGCUCUGCAAAAAGCCCAGCUCCAUUGCGCCGGAGCAAAUCACCAGCUGAUUCAGGUAACCUUCAGGACGCAAAUGGAACAUCAAGUAGCCAGCUUUCCACACCGAAAUCAAAGCAAUCCCCAAUCUCUACACCUACUAGCCCAGGAAGCCUCCGCAAGCACAAGGACCUGUACCUGCCUCUAUCCUUGGAUGACUCUGAUUCUCUUGGAGACUCCAUGUAAAGGAAACCCAGUUCCCCUUCUCCGUAG